UAGAGAUAAAUCUUAUCUUAAAUUAAUGUCAAUGACUGUGAAUUGUGAAUAAUUUUCAGAAUUUAACAGAAAAAUAUUUUUCAUUGUUAUUUUGUAAAGUUUUACUUUUAAAAUUAAAUAUGUUGCGAUUUGCAAGCCGAAAAUUACGUUCAACUCAAGUGUUUAAUAAAACUUUAAAAUUAAGUACUAAACAAACAAGAAAUUUAAAUCUACUUGAAUAUCAGAGUAAAGAACUUUUAAGAGAUUGUGGAGUUUCUGUACAAAAUUUUGCUAUUGUAGAUGAUUUAAAUAAAGCAAAUUCUGCUUUACAAAAUUUACAUGCAAAUGAAUAUGUCAUAAAAGCUCAAGUAUUAGCUGGUGGUCGUGGAAAAGGAUGGUUUGAUAAUGGUUUCAAAGGAGGUGUACAUCUUACAAAGGACCGUAAAGCUGUUAUAGAUGUUGUGAAAAAUAUGUUGGGUCAUCGUCUUUUUACAAAACAGACUUCAGAAGAUGGUAUAUUAGUACAAAAGAUUAUGAUAGCAGAGUCUGUAAAUAUUGCACGUGAAACAUAUAUUUGUAUUCUUAUGGAUAGACAACAUAAUGGUCCUGUAUUAAUAGCUUCACCAGCAGGUGGUAUGGAUAUUGAAACAGUUGCUAAAAAAAAUCCAGAAUUAAUAAAAACAAUACCUCUUGAUAUAUAUUAUGGAAUUGACGAUGAAAUCGCUAAAGAUGUUAGCAUAUUUCUUGGUUUUAUGGAUCCAACAGUACAACAGAAGGCAAUAUAUGAAUUAAAAAAUUUGUGGAAACUAUUUGUAGAUAUUGAUGCCUUACAAGUUGAAAUUAAUCCAUUGGUUGAAACUACAGAUAACCAAGUUAUAGCAGUAGAUGCAAAAAUAUCAUUUGAUGAUAAUGCUCAAUUUAGACAACAAGAUUUAUUUGCUUUAGAGGAUAAUGAUAUAAAAGAUCCUAGAGAAGCAGAUGCAUUGCGGUUUGAUUUGAAUUAUAUUGGUAUGAAUGGCAAUAUAGGAUGUUUAGUUAAUGGUGCUGGUUUAGCUAUGGCUACUAUGGAUAUAAUUAAAUUGAAUGGUGGAUCACCAGCAAAUUUUUUGGAUGUGGGUGGAAGUGUUAAAGAAGAUCAAGUUUAUCAAGCAUUUAGAAUUCUUACUGAAGAUCCAAAAGUAAAAGUUAUUCUUGUAAAUGUAUUUGGAGGUAUUGUAAAUUGUGCUACAAUAGCAAAAGGGAUUAUUGCAGCAUCUCAUAAUUUACAACUCAAAAUUCCACUUGUCAUUAGACUAGAAGGUACUAAUGUAACAGAAGCAAAGAAACUUCUUGCAGAGAGUAAUUUAUCAAUUAUAACAGCUAAUGAUUUAGAUGAAGCUGCAAAAAAAGCAGUUACUUUUGUGAAAACAUAAGUUUAUCAAGUUUCUUCUGAAUUGAGUUUUUUAAGACUGGGAAGCUUUGAUUUAAAAAUAUUUAUAGAUGAUAUUAAAAUAUUUCAAAGAUUAAUUUUUUUUUACUUCGUUUUAAUAUUGUUUAUUUUAGUUUAUUAUUUAUAGAUUAUUUGUUAAUUAUCUUUUGGUUGUAUCUUUUUUUAUAUGCUUGCAAAAUGAUAAUCCAUAUAUGAAAUUCAUUGUAUGAAUGAAUUAAUUAAAUAUUUUGUUA